CUUGAGCCUUCGGUGGCAGAUUUCUUUAUCUAAAGCUAUAUCUUUUACCUUACCAUACUUGCCUUGCCGGUCAUGCCAUUAUUGCCCCCUUCGCUCGCACCAAGGGCGAUAGUAUCGCUACAAUCCUCAAACUUGUCGCACACGCUCGGCUAUGGCCAGCUUACUCGCAUGGUAGCAGCUUCGGGUUUCCGACAGCGAUCAUUACGUCCCCGCGGCAUGCCGCAUUUCCGAUGCAUCAACGAGGGACGGAACGGCAAUGCCUGGCCAUCGGACACCACAAACAAACCGGGAUCUCGCGCCACCACGGCAUCGACGCCCCGGGUGCCCAUUCUGGAUCAACUAGGUGCUUCACGCCCCGUUAAGAUCACGAUCAUCAUUUGCCUCUGCAUCUUCGGCACCAUGGAGACCGUCUUCUACGCCAAAGCCGCAAUGCGCUAUUUUGACCCUCCCGAAGAGCACCAGGAUGAAGAAUCGGAUUAAAUCCUACAGAGAUGUAGACGUUCCGAGCCUUUUGAGUCAUGCUAGCGCGCGCCUUGGGAAGCAAAGAAGAGCUCUCAACCUGGGAUUUACUUGAAUGUAGCAAAAAUUGGGCGACGUAUUGGUAUCACCGGGUUCUACCUUUCUGGCCGUUUUUGAUGAUGGUUACUUUGUAUUAUAGAGUGGGUUUGGUUUUCGAGUUGGAUUGGAUGGCUUCGCAAUUCCACUCUGUCAAGAUCUCCCGGCAUGUUCCGAAAAGUCAUGGGAUGUACUUCAUUCUGUAGGGAGUACUCCGUAUAGGCGUCGGAUUGGGACAGAGCGCAACAUGUGGAGUAUGUUGCCGGGGGCCAGAUCGCAUGGUUUGGCAUGCUUGGAGAGUCCAAUCAACGAGCAUUUCGGAUCAUAAGUUCUGUUGGUGGUGAGUUGGCUAACCAACGCCAUCAUAGCAAGGUUGCCACAGGGCUACAUCCAAUAAUCCAUCAGAGCCUUUUUGCUCCCCUGAAAAGAA